CACUAGGCCAGUUACAUUACUGACAAUUAUGACAUUUGAUAAUAAUCAAAUUUAGAGAAUUAAGUGUGUAAUCGUUAUGGCAGUGUUUUAUAGAAUCGCUUUGCGAUCCUCUAUCUACAGUUAUCGCUCGAUGUCAAUGUUUCCCCAACAUUACGCUGACCCUUUUAUUAAAAGAGAAAUGGAAGAUUUAAAUAAGAGUGAACUGACUAAGUUUUACCAUAUACCGAUAAGGGCAGCUCUAAACAAUUCUUCUGAUACUGUCUUUAACGACGAAAUCAAACUGAAAAUGUUGAAUUAUAUAACGAAAAAUGGAAAUAGAGUCUUAGCUAGAGGACUUUUGUCAAGAACAUUAGAAAUAAUCAAACGUGCGCAAACUGAGCGUAUGCACCUGUGCCCAGAAGAUAAACAAAAAGUUAACACAAAUGCAGAAAUGAUAUUAAUAGAUGCGGUUGAAAAUAGUAGACCAUUGCUUCAGUUGACAUCUAUAAAACGUGGUGGCGUGAACUAUCAAGUCCCAGUUCCUGUAACGACAAAAAGAUCUUAUUUUCUCGCUAUGAAAUGGCUAUUAGAUGCAGCGUUUGAAAAAGAUCAUAAAGUAUGUCUUCCAGAGAGAUUAGCUUGGGAAAUUCUAGACGCUGCGCAUGGUCAAGGUAGAGUUAUAAAAAAAAAAGAUGAUGUGCAUAAGCAGUGUGAAAGUAAUCGCGCAUACGCACAUUACCGGUGGAGUUAGUGUUUUUUUUAAUUUAUAAUUUUUAUAAUAAUAAAAUCAAAAUAAAUGUAAAAGUGUAGGUGCUUUUGCUCCAAAUAUGGGUGGCAUGAAUCCCUCUGGUGCAUUCUGGUGUAUGCGCCUAUGUCAUAUCCUUAACCUAAACUUUUUUGAUUGAUAAAGAACCUUUAAGGGACCUUAAACCUUACAACCUUUAAGGAACCUUUAAUCUAAAAUAUUAUACAAAUUUUUUUAAACUUGGAAAUUUGUUUGUUAACAAUUCUCAUUGCACAGUUGCCGAUUCUGCCAAUCUAGCGGGUACAUACGAAACUUUUCUGUCCAUACCUAAGCUAAUUUUUAGUGAAACUUAAUUGUGUGUGAAUUGUAUUAAAAUAACUAUUUAUAUUGAUCAUCGUUUGUAUGUAUUCAAUAAAAAAUAUAUGUGAGUGUC